CCGGCCGGCGGCCCGACGGUUCGUGCGGCGCUUCCCGCCCGGCGUCUCGGCUCGGGGCUCUCUGGCCAGCGGCAUGUCGCGGCGGCGGCACAGCGACGAGAACGACGGUGGACAGCCUCACAAAAGGAGAAAGACUGAUGCAAAUGAAACUGAAGAUCAUUUGGAGUCUUUAAUAUGCAAAGUAGGAGAAAAGAGUGCCUGCUCUUUGGAGAGCAACCUAGAAGGUCUGGCUGGUGUUUUGGAAGCUGAUCUUCCCAACUACAAGAGCAAGAUCUUAAGGCUUCUUUGUACAGUUGCACGUCUGUUACCUGAGAAGUUGACAAUUUAUACAACGUUGGUUGGACUGCUGAAUGCCAGGAAUUACAACUUUGGUGGAGAAUUUGUAGAAGCUAUGAUUCGUCAACUUAAAGAAUCAUUGAAAGCAAACAAUUAUAAUGAAGCUGUGUAUUUGGUCCGUUUUUUGUCUGAUCUUGUGAACUGUCAUGUGAUUGCUGCCCCAUCAAUGGUUGCUAUGUUUGAAAAUUUUGUAAGUGUAACUCAGGAAGAAGAUGUGCCUCAGGUGCGACGGGAUUGGUAUGUGUAUGCAUUUCUGUCGUCAUUGCCCUGGGUUGGAAAGGAGUUGUACGAAAAGAAAGAUGCAGAGAUGGACCGCAUCUUUGCCAACACAGAAAGCUAUCUUAAAAGACGCCAGAAGACUCAUGUGCCCAUGCUGCAAGUCUGGACUGCCGAUAAACCGCACCCACAGGAAGAGUAUUUAGAUUGCCUGUGGGCCCAGAUUCAGAAAUUGAAAAAGGAUCGCUGGCAGGAGCGGCACAUCCUAAGACCCUAUCUUGCCUUUGACAGUAUCCUGUGUGAAGCCCUGCAGCACAAUCUGCCUCCGUUUACACCCCCUCCGCACACUGAAGACUCCACGUACCCCAUGCCCAGGGUCAUCUUCAGAAUGUUUGAUUACACAGAUGACCCCGAGGGUCCUGUCAUGCCAGGGAGUCAUUCAGUGGAAAGAUUUGUAAUCGAAGAGAAUCUUCACUGCAUCAUCAAGUCCCACUGGAAGGAAAGGAAGACUUGUGCUGCACAGCUAGUGAGCUAUCCAGGGAAGAACAAGAUCCCCUUGAACUACCACAUCGUUGAGGUGAUCUUUGCAGAGCUGUUCCAGCUUCCAGCACCACCUCACAUUGAUGUGAUGUACACAACACUUCUCAUUGAGCUGUGCAAACUUCAGCCUGGCUCUCUACCCCAAGUUCUUGCACAGGCAACUGAAAUGUUGUACAUGCGUUUGGAUACCAUGAACACUACAUGUGUAGACAGGUUUAUUAAUUGGUUUUCUCAUCAUCUAAGUAACUUCCAGUUCCGUUGGAGCUGGGAAGAUUGGUCAGACUGUCUUACUCAAGAUCUGGAAAGUCCCAAACCAAAGUUUGUAAGAGAAGUUCUAGAAAAAUGUAUGAGGUUGUCUUACCAUCAGCGUAUAUUAGAUAUUGUUCCUCCUACCUUCUCAGCUCUGUGUCCUGCAAACCCAACCUGCAUUUACAAGUAUGGAGAUGAAAGUAGCAAUUCUCUUCCUGGACAUUCUGUGGCCCUCUGUUUAGCUGUUGCCUUUAAAAGUAAGGCCACCAACGAUGAAAUAUUCAGCAUUCUGAAAGAUGUACCAAACCCCAACCAGGACGACGAUGAUGAUGAAGGAUUCAGUUUCAACCCGUUGAAAAUAGAGGUGUUUGUGCAGACCCUGCUGCACUUGGCAGCCAAGUCCUUCAGCCACUCCUUCAGUGCCCUGGCCAAGUUUCAUGAAGUCUUCAAAACACUAGCAGAGAGUGAUGAAGGAAAGUUACACGUGCUGAGAGUUAUGUUUGAGGUUUGGAGGAACCAUCCGCAGAUGAUUGCUGUACUGGUGGAUAAGAUGAUUCGUACACAGAUUGUUGAUUGUGCUGCAGUAGCAAAUUGGAUCUUUUCUUCAGAACUGUCUCGUGAUUUUAUUAGAUUGUUUGUUUGGGAAAUCUUGCAUUCUACGAUUCGUAAGAUGAAUAAACACGUUCUGAAGAUCCAGAAAGAGCUAGAAGAAGCGAAAGAGAAACUCGCAAGGCAACACAAACGGCGGAGUGACGAUGACGACAGAAGCAGUGACAGGAAAGAUGGGGCCCUUGAGGAGCAAAUAGAGAGACUACAGGAAAAAGUGGAAUCUGCUCAGAGUGAACAAAAGAACCUCUUCCUCGUCAUAUUUCAGCGCUUUAUCAUGAUCUUGACUGAACAUUUAGUACGAUGUGAGACUGAUGGGACCAGUGUGUUAACGCCAUGGUACAAGAACUGUAUAGAAAGACUCCAGCAGAUCUUCCUGCAGCAUCACCAGAUCAUCCAGCAGUACAUGGUGACCCUGGAGAACCUCCUCUUCACUGCUGAACUGGACCCUCAUAUCCUUGCUGUGUUCCAGCAGUUCUGUGCUCUGCAGGCCUAGUGGCCAUUUUCUCCCAUCAGGAUUUUUUAAGUAUCUUAAAAUAAUUUGUUUUUGCUGGUUUGAAUGCUUCUUUCUUGUAGUAUCCUUUCACCUCUUAAGGGAAACAAAAGGGGAGAGUGUGAGGAAUAUAAAAAGCAAUUAUUUCCUAAUGACAAUACUGUGGCGAUGACUAUGAUGUGUUAUAUGUGACAGAUACAACUUUUCUGUGAUCAAUUUGGUAUUUUUUCCUCCUUAAGGCACCAAACAGAUGUGAGGUAUGUGAAAUACUAGAGGUCAAGCUUACGUUGUAGCCUAGAGAACUGAUGGGUUUAUCACAAGGUAGUAUAGCUUUUCACAGCUCUGGAUAACCUAACCUGGCUGAAAUAAAGCUAAAAAUAUGUUUUUUAAA